AUGCUUUACAGCUCAUUAAAAAGCACGCAGAACCGGGAAUAUAUGAAUACCUUCAUCCGUCAUCAUUCGAUUCUAGCAGUCAUUACGUUCGCGCUUUAAAAGAUGAUGUUUUUGGUGAUAGAUUAAGAAAUGUCUUUAAAAGAUUUAACAUAGUUUCG